GGAGAAGCUGGCAGUCAGCAGAGUUCCAGCCAGUGAUGAGGAAGACUUGAACCUCUCUGGCUCAUCUUCUGUGCCUCACCAUGUGGCUGGAUGGUUUCCUUCUGUGCUUUGGUCCGAGAGGAUUUCUGCUUCUUUUUUUUGCCUUUGUCCUUUUGGUGUGUUUUCGUGCCAAAAAGGAUCCACCCAACUUCCCCCCUGGACCGCCGUCCCUCCCUCUUUUGGGAAACAUUUUCAAUAUUGAAUCUAAACAGCCUCAUAUUUACUUAACCAAGCUCGCUGAUGUUUAUGGGAAUGUGUUCUGCAUACGUCUGGGGAGACACAGAACCGUGUUUGUUUCUGGGUGGAAGAUGGUGAAAGAGGCCAUAGUCACACAGGCCGACCACUUUGUGGACCGGCCGUACAGUCCAAUGGUGACCAGAAUUUAUUCAGGGAACUCAGCAGGUCUUUUCUUCAGUAAUGGGAAGGUGUGGCGGAGACAGCGGCGUUUUGCCAUGUCCACGUUAAGAACCUUGGGCCUGGCCAACAGCUCCAUGGAGCAGAGCAUCUGUGAGGAGAGUCGCCAUCUGCAGGAGGCGCUGGAGAAGGAGAAAGGAGAGCCAUUUGACCCCGUGCCCCUGAUAAACAACGCUGUGGCCAACAUCAUCUGCCAGAUCGUGUUUGGGAGACGCUUCGACUACACCGACCACGGCUUCCAGAGCAUGCUGAGGAAUCUGACCGACAUGGCGUAUCUGGAGGGCUCUAUAUGGGCCUUGCUAUACGAUGCAUUCCCAGCUGUCAUGAAACAUGUGCCCGGUCCUCACAACGGCAUCUUCAGGAGCUCCAGGUCUUUGGAGGCAUCCAUCAGAGCGGAGAUAGAGCGGCAUAAGUUGGAUCUGGACCCCACAAACCCACGAGAUUACAUCGACCUCUUCCUCAUCGAGGAGAAGCGCAGCAAAAACAGGGACAUGGGCUUUGAUGAAGGCAACCUGGUUCUGUGUUGUUUGGAUCUGUUCCUGGCUGGGAGCGAGACCACUUCCAAGACCCUGCAGUGGGGCCUUGUCUACCUCAUCAAGAGCCCUCACAUCCAGGCCAAAGUGCAGGUGGAGAUAGACGAAGUGAUCGGACCGACCCGCCGCCCCACGAUGGCUGACAGACCGAAGCUGCCCUUCACCGACGCUGUAAUCCACGAGAUCCAGAGGUUGGGGAACGUCGUUCCUCUCAAUGGACUCAGAAUGGCCGCCAAGGACACCAUGCUGGGCGGCUACCUCAUACCUAAGGGGACCUCGGUGAUGGCCAACCUCACCUCGGUGCUCUCGGACCCGGCGGAGUGGGAGAACCCGGACUCCUUCCACCCGGCUCACUUCCUGGAUGCUGGAGGGGGGUUUGUGAGGAGGGAGGCCUUUUUACCCUUUUCUGCAGGAAAAAGGGCGUGUCUCGGUGAAGGACUCGCGAAGGCUGAGCUCUUCCUCUUCUUCGUCACUCUGCUGCAGAAAUAUCACUUCAGCACUUUGGAGGGAGUCGAGCUGAGCGGAGACGCCGUCAUUGGAGCGACUCGCACGCCGCUUCCCUUUAAGGUGUACGCUGCAGCCCGCUGA